AUGCCUAACACAGAAUUCAGAUGCAAAUCAGAGGAUGACAAAGAAGAGAUUGCUGCUGCUGUCCAUGUGGCAUUUAGUAGUGACCUACAGAGCGCCCAGACAGGUGCUGGCUCAUUUGGAUCCUGCGUGGCCCUCUCUGUGCCUGUUGGCAUGGGUGAUGUAUGGGCUAGGAUGAGCUGGCAUCAGAAGAAUUUAAAUGAAGAGAGGCAGCAGCAGGAAGCAGAAGAUACUGAAGCUAAUCCAGCAUAUCACUGUCACAGCUACUCACAGGCCUGUGAGAACAGAAAAAGGGAGCAGCACCAAGCCAGGAGGAAGCUCUGUGUAGCAUCGAUAAUUUGCAUCUUCUUCAUGAUUGCUGAGAUUACAGGGGAGUAUAUCGCCGGAAGCCUGGCAGUGAUCACCGAUGCAGCGCACAUCCUGGUGGACCUUACAAGCUACCUGAUCAGCCUCUUCUCACUGUGGCUUGCCUCCAAGCCUCCCACCAAACAGCUAACUUUUGGGUGGCAGAGAGCAGAAAUUCUGGGAGCUUUGAUGUCUAUGAUAAUCGUUUGGAUGGUGACUGGUGUGUUGACUUAUUUGGCUGGCACAAGGCUGCUACACCGUGAUUACGAUAUUGAUGCUACAGUGAUGCUCAUUACCUCUGCUUGUGCCAUACUCGCCAACAUCCUACUAAGCCUGAUUCUGCACCAGACAGGCCAUGGGCACAGAAACGGGCACAGCCAUGGGGCACAAGCCAGGGAACACACGUCGGCCUCUCCAGAGAAGGCAGCUCUGAGCAACACUAGUCUGCGGGCAGCCUUUGUGCACACCAUUGGAGAUCUAUUCCAGAGUAUUAGUGUGUUAAUUAGUGCACUUAUCAUCUUCUUUAAGCCAGAAUACAAAAUAGCUGACCCAAUCUGCACAUUUGUGUUUUCCAUCUUUGUUUUGGCAACCACCAUCACCAUUUUAAGGGAUAUUUUGAUUGUGUUAAUGGAAGGAACAUCAAAAGGAUUUGCUUAUGAUGCAGUGAAAGCAAGAAUUUUAGCAGUUGAGAAAGUGGAGUCUGUUCACAACCUUCAUCUUUGGUCUCUGACAAUGAAUCAAACCAUUCUCUCUGCUCACGUUGCCACAGCAGACACAGCGGACACCCAAAAGAUUUUGAGAGAUAUUACUCAAGCCCUGUUUGAGCACUACAGCUUCCACUCCAUCACCAUUCAGAUUGAACUGGGAGAGGAUCAGAAACAAGACUGUGUCUUCUGUCAAGAACCCAGGGAUUGA